GUGAAAGUUAGAACGAUUGUUUGUGCAAGACUGCAGUAUUCAGCCAAAGGAUGUGGCGAUGGUUCUGUGUUCUUUCAGCGAUUUAGAACUGGUUGGGUAUAAGGAGUUGGGGACAUCCAUUCGGAUGUUGAAAUCUCGGUCUCUCUUCCGAAAACGAAGUGGGUGCUUGAAAUUGACGCAUCUUGACAAUACCUUGUCCGGAGUCCAGAGAGAUGAUGGUGAAAUAGUCAAGUUAUUGGUGGACUUGUGUCCUCUCAUGGAGAAUCUUAAAGUGCGAGUGUGUGACGAAAACCUGAAUGAAGUACAUAAAUUGAAAAAUCUAAAGCACCUUGAAGUUCGUUAUUACACGGGAGUGCACCAUCCUGUGGGUAGGUGUUCAGAACUGUAUCUAAGAACUUGUGGGAAUCAGUUAACUUCAUUUACCAUUUACUGCAGCACAUUACUCUCACAUCAUAUUCUGGUGAUAGCAGAAAGUUGUGUUAAUUUGAAGAAACUUUUCGUCCAUGCAAACAUGGCAGAAAUAGAUGAACCAUUAGACAUUAAUAUGAAUAAGCUGGAGAUGCUAGAAUUGUUGAAUUUGAGGCUUGGAGAUGAUGAACUGGUCAUGAACCCGGCAGCCUGUGCUUUUGUUGAGUUCCUUGUAAGGAAGUCGUGGAAGCUUCAGGAACUCUAUUUGAUGGUUCGUUCUCCAGAGUUCCACCACAGCUUUAUCAGCUCUUUAGUACAAAUGAAUCCCUUCUCUCAUCUGAAGAACUUGAUCAUAGAUGUCCCCAGACGUACCUUAGCUGCUCCAAUGCUGGAGCUGAGCAAAGAGACAGCUCUCCUCUUGAUGGAUACUUGUGAUAAACUGAAGAUCCUCGGCAAUUUGAGAUGUUGGGAUGUCACACCGGAGCAGGUAUCAGAACUACGAAGCACAUCCAAGGUGCGAAACUACAACCUAACUAUCAUCUACGCUCAGUCUAAUAAACUUAACACUAAAUAUUGUGAAAGGUAGCAAAGUAGUUGUAAGUAUAAAGGACAGUAUAUGUUAGUAG